AUGAGGCUUCCCAUAAAAACACUACGUCCACCUCCAAGCACACUCCCUUCAACCCAAAACCACACCAUCCUCAAACCACGCUGCAUAACCAUGACCCAACCAUCUAAACAAACCAACCUCUCUACUGACACACGAGAGGCCGCAUUACAUUUAGAGAAAAUGAUAAAUUUAGAACACAUCCAUAACAAUAAUAAUUUUCCAUCGAUGCAAUCAUCACCACCAUCAUCAUCAACAAUACCUUUUAAUCUAAAAGCCGAGAGAAUUGGAAAGAGGUGGAAAGAGUACCAAGGGAUGAGCAAUUGGGACGGUUUACUAGACCCAUUGGACGACAAUCUACGAGCUGAAAUUCUACGCUAUGGUCAUUUCGUGGAAGCUGCUUAUAACUCCUUUGAGUUUGACCCUUCCUCUCCCAACUACGCCAAUUGUAGGUACCCCAAAAGCACACUUUUCGAACGGUGUGGUUUACCUAACACAGGUUACAAGGUAACCAAACACCUACGUGCAACUUCAGGGAUUCAGCUACCUAAUUGGGUGGACAAAGCACCAAGCUGGGUAUCAACACAAUCAAGCUACGUGGGAUAUGUAGCGGUGUGUGAAAACAAGGAAGAGAUCAAAAGACUUGGUCGGCGCGACAUCGUUGUUGCAUAUAGAGGAACCACCACAUGCUUGGAAUGGUUGGAGAAUUUUCGUGCCACUCUCACCAACCUCCCAAUCCCAUGCAGCAGCAAAAGAGCCUUUGAAAAAAAUUGUGCCAUGGACGGAAGUGGGCCCAUGGUAGAAAGUGGAUUCUUGAGUCUUUAUACUUCAUUUCUUGCAAACUGGUCGAGUUUGCAAGAAAUGGUGAAACAAGAGAUCUCAAGAAUCAUCCAAAACUAUGGCGAGGAGCCGUUAAGCUUGACCGUCACCGGCCAUAGUCUGGGAGCGGCAUUGGCAACGCUCACGGCGUAUGACAUUAAAACUAUCUUUCACAGGUUGCCGGUGACGGUUAUAUCUUUUGGCGGCCCCCGUGUCGGAGACCGGAAUUUCCGGCAGCAGCUAGAGAGGCAAGGGACUAAGGUUUUGCGCAUAGUGAACUCCGAUGAUGUUAUUACUAAGGUUCCAGGCUUUGUGUUUGAUGAUGACGUGGCAAGCGAUGGAGCGGUCCACAUGGCAGGCUUUCCGAACUGGAUACAGAAGAGGGUUGAGGAGGCACAAUGGGUGUACGCUGAGGUUGGGAGGGAACUCCGGUUAUGUAGCAGGGACUCUCCAUACCUCGGAAGUACUAAUGUUGCCACGUGUCACGAGCUGAACACGUAUCUGCACCUCGUUGAUGGCUUUGUCAGCUCCACGUGUCCUUUCAGAGCCUCCGCCAAGAGGUUCCUCCGUCGCUGA